ACUGCUGGAGGAAGAAGGGGAGGAGGAGGAGGAGGCGCGUGUAUUUGCCAGCGCUUGACACAUCAGUGUUGACAAAACGAGUCACGUGAUCGAUGUGAAGAUGGCGCAGCUUAUGGUAUAUUGCAGCGUUCUCCUCCUGAUAUCGCGAUAUAUAUCGGCGGAUCAAUAAUCGAUUGAGCGAGUCUGACUCAGACGGGCUUCCAGCCGAUAGAAACGCAGGUUUUCCACUUGAAAGAGCGCUGCAACAACACCUUUCCGUGGACACCAGAUACAAGUGUGCGCGUGAGUGUGCGUCAGUGUUCGUGUGUGAGUCGGUGGACACGGAGACUGCAUCACAGCGGAGACACAAUAAAGCCAAGAUUUUCCCUUGGAUCCGGGCUCUGCUAACAUGUAGCCUUUUUUCAAACCAUGAUCCAGACAUAAUGUGGCUUUUUCUGUCGGGAGGAAAAUAACCAAAGAUGUGGAUCCCUACGGAAGAGGAGAAAAUCGGAGUUGUGAUCUGCAACUUCCGGUCGCCGAUAUGUCAAGCUCUGGUCCUGGAAAUUGGGGAGACCGUCCAGAUUCUGGAGAAAAGUGAAGGCUGGUACAGAGGCUUUUCCACCAAGAAACCAUCCAUAAAGGGAAUCUUCCCCGUCAGCUAUGUCCACUUGAAGAAAUCCACAGUGACCAACAGAGGACUGUGCGAGACAGUUGUCCCUCUGGAGGACCCCAUCAUCACAGAGACCACCUCGACUCUGCAGGAAUGGGGGGUGCUGUGGAAGCAACUAUAUGUGAAACACAAGGUGGAUCUGUUCCAUAAACUUCGCCAUGUGAUGACCGAGCUCAUCGACCUGCGUCGGCAGCUCAUCCAGGGUCACCUCGCCCAGGACCAGACGCGGGAGAUCAAGCGGCACAUCACCGUCCGGCUGGACUGGGGCAACGAGCACCUCGGUAUAGACCUUGUUCCCAGGAAGGAGUUUGAAAUGGUGGAUCCAGAUCAGAUCAGUGUAUCAGAGCUUUACAAAUUGCAUGUAUCCAGCAGACACUGCGGUCAGCAAAGCACAAACCAGGGUGACAGCGUGAGACAGCGGCAUGGCGACAGCUGCCGUGUCCCUGUGUCGCAUCACCUCUUCAUCAAUCUGAAGAGCUUUACUUACAACAGCAUCAGCGAGGAUGCAGACGUAUUCUUUUCCCUGUACGACACACGUGAGGCCAAGCAGAUCAGCGAGAAGUUUAUGGUGAAACUUAACAAAAAUGGAGGACCAAAGAAUCCAGAGAAGGUGGACCGUCUCUGUGCCCUCUUCACGGACCUAAGCAGCAAAGACUUGAAGAGAGACCUGUAUAUCGUCGCGCAUGUCCUCAGAACCGGUCGCAUGCUUCUCAACGACUCGAAGAAAGGACCCCCUCAUGUGCAGUACCGGCGGCCGUAUGGCUGUGCCGUCCUCGCCAUGAGUGACGUUUUCCACACCAUCACCGACCUCAAAGAGGAGAAGGAUUUUGUGCUCAAAGUUUACACAUGUAACAACGAGAACGAGUGGUACCAGGUACACGAGAACAUCAUCCGCAAGUCCAACACCAAGUAUUCGGCUCCCAGCACCAACUAUGGCCUCAUCAUUUCCUUACAGCUGCUGAGGGGUGAGCUGGAGCAGAUCAGACGGGAGAACCAGGCGGUUUUCAACAGGGCUCUGGCACUCACACGCAAACUAGGUUUCCCAGAUGUCAUCCUGCCAGGUGAUAACCGCAACGACCUGUACCUGACCCUGGAAAGAGGGGAGUUCGAGAGGGGCGGCAAAAGCGUUCAGAAGAACAUCGAAGUCACUCUGUAUGUCCUCUACGCUGACGGAGACACACUCAAAGAUUGCAUCAGCUUGGGCUGUGGCGAACCCAACACCAGCGAAUACCGCUCCUUCGUCCUCUACCACAACAACAGCCCUCGCUGGAGCGAAAUGGUCAAGCUGCCUAUUCCCAUAGAUCGUUUCAGGGGCUCCCACCUACGCUUCGAGUUCAGACACUGCUCCACGAAAGAUAAAGGAGAGAAGAAGCUGUUUGGCUUUGCGUUCACACCGCUCAUGAGAGAAGACGGAACCACGCUGUCGGACGAGAUCCAUGAGCUCUAUGUUUACAAGUGCGACGAGAACGCCACCUUCUCCAACCAGGGUCUCUACCUGAGCCUGCCCUGCUGCAAAGAGGACUUCAACAGCUGCCCAAACCUGCCUGCCAACCUUCCCUUCCAGAGAAGCCCCAAAGAGACAUUCUGGGUUUCCACGAUCCUCUGCUCCACCAAGCUCACGCAAAAUGUGGACCUUUUGGCUCUCCUGAACUGGAAGGCCCAUCCGGACAGAGUGCUGGACAUCCUGGGUCGACUGCGUCAGAUCAGUGGGGAAGAAAUAGUCAAGUUUCUGCGAGACGUCCUGGACACACUCUUCUGUCUCUUAGAUGACAACACUGACAAAUAUGGGCCACUGGUUUUCCAGUCACUGGUGUUCAUCAUCAACCUGCUCAGGGACAGUCGAUUCUACCACUUCAGACCUGUCAUGGACUCCUACAUUCAAAACCACUUUGCCGGAGCGCUGGCAUACAAAGAGCUCAUCCGAUGUCUGAAGUGGUACAUGGAUCGUUCGGCCGAAGUGGUUCGCCAAGAUCACAUCCAGGAGGCCAUGAGGGCUCUGGAGUAUCUUUUCAAGUUCAUCGUCCAGUCUCGUAUCCUGUAUUCGAGGGCCACCUGUGGGAUGGAGGAGGAGCAGUUCCGGGCCAGCAUUCAAGAGCUGUUUCAGUCCAUCCGCUUCGUCCUGAGCUUAGACAGUCGCAGCUCGGAGAACCUGGUGUUCACUCAGGCUGCGCUGCUGAACAGCUUCCCUGAUAUCUUUGAUGAGCUGCUGCAGAUGUUCACUGUUCAGGAGGUGGCUGAAUAUGUCAGGGGCACCCUGGGGAGCAUGCCCAGCACAGUGGACAUCGGCCAGUCCAUGGAUGUUGUCAAGCUGCAGUCCAUCGCCCGCACGGUUGAGAGCCGCCUCUUUUUCUUCCCCGAGUCUCGCAGUAUCUUGCUGCCCGUCGUCCUGCAUCAUAUUCACCUUCAUCUACGGCAGCAGAGAGAGCUGCUCAUCUGCUCAGGAAUCCUAGGAAGCAUCUUUUCCAUCAUCAAAACCAGCUCAAUGGAGUCUUCAGUUCACGAGGAAGUGGAGAUGAUGGUGGAGAGCCUCCUGGACGUGCUGCUGCAGACUCUGCUGUCCAUCAUGAGCAAGUCGCACUCAGUGGAGACAUCAAGAGGACAACGCUGCCCCCAGUGCACCGCAGAGAUCACCGGAGAGUACGUUUCCUGCCUUCUCUCGCUGCUCCGACAGAUGACUGAGCUCCACUUCCAUCAUCUACUCAACAACUUUCACAGCAAAGAGGAGCUGAAGGAGUUCCUGCUGAAGAUCUUCUGCGUUUUCCGCAACCUGAUGAAACUGACCAUCUUCCCCCGAGACUGGAGCGUUAUGAGGCUUCUGACUAGUCACAUCAUCGUCGUGACGACGCAGUUUCUCUCUCCGGCUCUGCACAAGAACUUCUCCGAAGCAGAUUUUGACUUCAAGGUGUGGAAUUCAUUUUUCAGUCUCACUGUGCUCUACAUCAACCAACCCAGUUUGCAGCUGGAGGCUCUGAGUCCCGGAAAGAGAAAGAAAAUCCUCGACAAACAUGGAGAUAUGAGAGUCAUGAUGGCGUAUGAGCUCUUCAGCAUGUGGCAGAAAUUAGGCGACAACAAGCCGCACUUCAUCCCCGGCAUGAUGGGGCCCUUCCUGGGAGUUACUCUCGUCCCUCAAACGGAAGUCCGCAACAUAAUGAUCCCCAUUUUCCACGACAUGAUGGACUGGGAGCAGAGAAAAAACGGGAACUUCAAACAGGUGGAGGCAGAGCUGAUGGAUAAGCUGGAUAGCAUGGUGUCAGAUGGAAAAGGCGAUGAUAACCACCGAGAGCUCUUCAGCCUUUUGACUCAGCUUUUCGGUCCUUAUCCAAGCCUCCUGGAGAAAAUCGAGCAGGAGACCUGGAGGGAGACUGGAAUCUCGUUUGUCACAUCUGUCACGAGGCUGGUGGAGCGACUGCUGGAUUACAGGGACUGCAUGAAAGGAGACGAGAUGGAGAACAAGAAGAUGGGGGGUUCGGUCAACCUCAUGAAUUUCUACAAGUCGGAGGUGAACAAGGAAGACAUGUACAUCCGCUACAUCCACAAACUGUCCGACCUGCAUCUGCAAGCUGAAGAUUUCACAGAGGCAGCUUUCACACUGCUGCUAUACUGGGAGCUGCUCCAGUGGGAGGACCGGCCUCUCAGGGACUUCCUGCACUACCCCUGUCAGAGCGAGUGGCAGCGGAAAGAGAACCUGAGCCGCAAGAUCCUGCACUACUUCAACAAGGGCAAGUGUUGGGAGUAUGGAAUCUCUCUGUGCCGUGAGCUAGCGUUCCAAUAUGAGACCUUAUAUGAUUACCAGAGCCUCAGCUGGAUCCGGAAAAUGGAGGCAGCGUACUACGACAACAUCAUCGAGCAGCAGAGGAUCGAACCGGAGUUCUUCAGAAUGGGAUUCUAUGGCAGGAAGUUUCCAUUCUUCCUCAGGAACAAGGAGUUUGUCUGCCGUGGUUAUGACUAUGAACGGCUAGAAGACUUCCAGCAAAGGAUGCUGGGAGAAUUUCCCCAAGCUAUCGCCAUGCAGCAUCCCAACCAACCAGAUGACACCAUCCUGCAGAGUGACGCUCAGUACUUGCAGAUCUAUGCGGUGACUCCGGUGUCAGACAUCUCUGAUGUGCCUCAACUGGAGCGAGUGCCUGAAAGGAUCAAGAGCUUUUACCGCAUAAACAAUGUCACCCGCUUCCAUUACGACAGGCCUUUCCACAAGGGGCCCAAAGACCGCGAGAACGAGUUCAGGAGCCUGUGGAUCGAGCGCACCGCCCUGAUCCUCUCCCGCCCUCUCCCUGGAAUCUCCCGCUGGGCUGAGGUGGAAAGGCGAGAAGUGGUGGAGGUGAGCCCACUGGAGAACGCCAUCUACGUGGUGGAGAAUAAAACCCAGGAGCUCCGGACUCUGAUAAGCCAGUACCAGCACCGGCAGCACCACGGCAACAUCAACCCACUCAGCAUGUGUCUGAAUGGAGUCAUCGACGCCGCAGUGAACGGAGGCAUCGCCAGAUAUCAGGAGGCAUUUUUUGAUAAAGACUACAUCAGCGGUCACCCGGAAGACACGGAGCGGAUCACACACCUGAAGGACCUCAUGCAAGAACAGGUUCACAUUCUAGGGGUCGGCCUCGCUGUCCACGAGAAACUGGUGCACCCGGAAAUGCGCCCGCUGCACAAGAAACUGGUGGACCAGUUCCACAUGAUGAGAACAGGGCUGCACCACUAUAUCUUUGGGGCUCAGGGCGUGCCGGGCGUCGAUCGAUUCAGCCCCGCGGGGUGCGCCGGGGUCAACUCUCCGAGGGGCAUCCUGUCGACCCACAACAACCACAUGAGCCCGGAGAGCAUGAGGCUGAUUCACCGACACAGCCCACUGAACUUACAAGGUUCCAUCCGCCACUCCUCGUCCUCCCUUUCGUCUCACACCUCCAGCGAGGCAGGAAACCUGGUGAUCAUGACCGAUGGUCUGAUGGGGGAGCACCCGGAGGAGGGCAUACACAUGCAGCCGAGCCCUUCGUCCUCCAGCCUGAGCUCAAUCCGCUCCAACUCCUCACAGGUUGUCAACUCGGCGCCCUCUAGCGCCAGAGGUUCUCCGUCCUUACCUGACAAGGCCAAACACAACCGGGAAGUGAUGAUCCUGCUCCCGUCGCACAGAGAGAGAGCCAACAACUCCAUGUAUUACAACAACAUGGCUGAGAACGGACAGAACAACCACAUGCAGCGUGCCUUACUACAACAAGUGAGCCCAUGUAAGCCGUGCGCCGACCCUCACGUGACCCUGCCGGAGAAAGCUGGGUUCCCCAAUGCUCCGAGUAGCUGGAGCCUGGAUGGAGAGAACCGGGAUCAGAUGACCUACAUCCCAUCCUCAGCUGGAGGGGUGAUGCCGCCCGUCCCCCCGCGCUCUUUCCCUCCAGGAAACUUCCUGAUGCACUGUGAUGCGUUUCACCACCAGAACAGCGACCCUCCCCCUGCACUUCCUGUCCGCUCCCUUAGAAAGUCUCCCCUCCACCCGAUCCCCGGCUCCCCCACCAGCCCCCAGUCCGCUCUAGGGGGCAGCAACUCCACUCUGUCGGGCAGUGCCAGUAGCGGUGUGUCCUCUCUGAGUGAAAGCAACUUCGGCGGUCAGUAUCCAGAUCCCGGCCCCAUCCGGAACGAUGCUCUGGAACCCCUCCCGAGUCACCUCUGGUCCCCUCCGGACGAGUACCUGCCGUCCCCGUACCUGCACAUCCACUACGGUGGACAAGAAAUGGACUCCAUGGACCCUGUUCGGCCCUUCCACUACCGCAGCCCGACGUCCCACCCGCACUCACACCAGCACCCCCACGCUCACGCCCAUCCCGGUAUGGACAGCCACCCCCACGGAGCCCACCAUCACGCCCCCACUCACGGCCCUCAUCACAUCACGUACCGAAGAUCUCAGCCCCCGUCAGUGCCGGCCAAGCCCUACCUGAGGGAGGGUUGCAUCCCGGAGGAGGAGCUGCAGCCUCAGCCCAUCCCGCUCCCUCGGAGGAUCUUCCACUCCCCUCACGGCCACAGGGAGGAGCAGGUGAAGCACGCCUGGGAGCAGUGCAUCAGCGAAGAGCACGAGGAGGCGCAGUGAUCCCAACCACACUUUGAUUUCUGUCCACCAUUUGUCUGGAGUCAACAGGAAGUGACAAGAUGAGGGACAGAAAUCAACCGCACUGCCGACACAGAAGCCUCGAGAAAAAUGACGCGCAAGACGACAUCGUGUGAACUGAAUAUUGAUUGUACACAACUGUACAAUUUGUCUGUAAGCAUGUUUUUACGUUUCAUUUAAUGAUACUCCAACAGCAGUCUGGUGAAACUUUAGUUUCUUCAAGCAACAGAAAGAAACCUCACGGCGACUUCCCGUCGGAAGGCUUCGUUUUGUUCCUUCCCUUGAAGACACUGUUAAGUGCUGCUUCAGAGCGAACCAUAUCAGAUAUCAGCCGGCAUCUCAAGGGACGUCCAACUGUUUUCCAUCCGUACGGCGAGUAUGGAAACCCACGUGAAUGUAUUCCGAUAUUUCCUUUGCGUCGUCAGAGGAGAGUGGCAAACCUCCUGCUGUCACGUGAUCCGUAAAGACCGAACUCUCCGCCUGAACACGACCCCGCUUCUCCUCUCUCUCUUUCUGGUCUUAUUUGCUUCUCUGAAUGGGUCUAAGGCCGCGGGCAGCCGGUACGGACGCCCGCUCAGAAAGCAUCGGACUCGCCUACCUGCCUUAAGUGCAAUCAAACGACCUCUCAUUCGGACAUGCUUCUCCAGUGACGGUCCUGUCAGAGUAUAAACCUGCCUCGUGGUGUUUUGUAUAAUUUCGUCCUGCUUUAGUUCCAGACUGUCGUCCGUAUCGCUAAUACUCCUGACUCAGCUGUUUUUCCAUUAUGAAGUUAGAGAAGAGGGUUUCAAGGAGCUAAUAACAGACUGGAAGGAUAUAGCUAAUACUUUCACCUAUUACUUGAUUUACUGGUCUUUUUUGCAGGUGGACGCUUUGUGUUAUUGUACAUCAAGUUGUCAGCGGACUAGACAACAUCUAUUUUUGUAUGUGAGAUCAUCAGUUGUGUGAGCAUUUAUCAGAGACGGUUAGGGGACGGGGGUGGGGCUACUGACCAGGGUGCUGCGAAACAAUGCGCCUGAGCUUCGAUAUAGACACUAUUGUUGGAUUGGUGGGUCAACUCUAUAGGUACAAUAGAAUUUUUCAAUGUAAAUUCUGUUAUUGUACAUAUGGCAGUAUUGUGAAAUAUUUUUGAGAAUUAUUGCAGAUGCCCUGGAAACACAGUUUAUUGUCGUUUUGUGUAUAUACAUGUACUCCACAGAUCAAUGUAAUUGAUGAAUAUCUAUAUUCAGUGUUUGCAAAAGGAAAGAAAUCCACUGGAUCAUGGCUGUCCUCACCCGAGUCCCAUAGACAUACUUUAUACACUUUUCGAUGUGCUUUCCUGUACAUAUGGUGUUAGCAUGACCGAUCAGUGUUGGUGGUGAAAGUGGUUUUCCUACUCCCAUAAACUGCUGUGGUAUGGAAUUCAUUAAUGCCAAACAAUAAAGACAAUCUUUUAUCA